ACUUACCUGAUCGACUUGAUUACAUACACAGUCAUCAGUACUAACUCAAUCGACUUCUUGAAGCUAUUUUGACAGUUAGAAUUUCUCAGGGGAAGAUUACUCUGCUCCUCGUAGUGAGCGGUGUGCUUUUAACAUAUUUCUCAACUGAACGUCACUAAGGUUAAAAAGGAGUAAAACUCGAGAUCGAGGAAUCGAACCUUCGGCCCUACGGCUACGGCUAAAUUAGGAUUAUUGUGCUACUAAGAGCGGCCUAUAAUCUACAAAUCUCAACUCCUACAUACCCGUCAAUCUUCAAACUACCUAGCAAAAUGUUACACGUCUCCGCCGUCAGCGGCCCCAGCGGCGGCGCCUUCGUAGCCACGGAGCUGCGCUCCAUCGAGCUCUCGAACCAGGCCUCAGCCGCUCUGCGCCAGGGCCGCGCGGACGAGGCCAUCACACUGCACAAGCAAGCGCUGGAGCUGAAGCUGCAGACGAACCCGGAGCUCUGCGUGAAGACGGGCAUCACGUACAACGGCCUGGGCGAGGCGCUGCUCCGCGCCGGCCGCCUCGACGAGGCCGACGACGCCUUCUCCAAGGCCCUCACCAUCCGCGAGCGCGAGGGCCCCGCCCAGGACGCGGCCAUGACCCGCGACAACGUCGGCCAGCUGCGGGAGGCGCAGGGCCGGUUCGCGGACGCCAGGGAAGUGCGCCUUCGGGGCGCGGCGAAGAAGACGAUUAUGUGUGGCAACUACGACUGUCCCACCCAGGGAACAUUUGCUUUGGAUAAGCUAAGCGCCUGCUCCGCCUGCAAAUCGGUCUUCUACUGUUCCAGAGCUUGUCAGAAGAAGGACUGGGCCACGCGGCACAAGCCCUUGUGCCAGGCGCACACGGCCGCCUCGCAACCCACCAAGCCAGCUGACACGCAGCUUAACCCGCAGAACGGUUCUCAGAAGGCCGACUCACAACCCGCCGGCCCUCAGGACACGACCUCGGCAUAAAAUCUUCCGGAAUUAGGUAUUGUGAUGGCAUUUGGGUACUAGAUGAAGUAGAUUAGUAC